CGCUUGGUGGUGGUGGUGGUGGUCGUGGUGGUGGUCGUGGUGGUCGUCGUGGUGGUGGUGGUGGUCGUGGUGGUGGUGGUGGUGGUCGUCUUGGUGGUGGUGGAGAUCUCAAGGCAGUCUCCCGUGGUGGCGUGACGCACAGCCGCAGAGAGAGACGCGGCAAUGGACACGAUCCAACCCCAUCGCCUCGACGCCGACGGAACUGAAACCCUUCCUGCUGUGUCUGAUGCAGCAAAUGGUACUGACAGAACUGAAACCCUUCCUGGUGUGUCCGAUGCUGAAAAUGUAGCCGAAAGAAAGCGAGACUGGAGGAAUUUUGCUGGAUUUUGGAUCUUGGGUCUCACCAACAACUUUGCAUACGUGGUGAUGUUGAGCGCUGCCCAUGACAUCCUAAAACAGCAGGAAGCAGGGAACAGCACGCACCCCAACAACAGCAGCAGCAGCAGCAGCUUCAUGCACGAUACAUCACCUGCGACACAUACUGAGAGUUGGGAGCCGAUUUCAUCCAACCGCUUUGACUGCAACCCACACUCAACUGCGGUGAUACUCCUGGCGGACAUUUUACCAACACUGCUCAUCAAGAGCACGGCUCCGUUAUUCAUUCACCGUAUUGCCUACAGGUUUCGAGUAGUUAUUUGCGUGCUUACAGCUGCUGCCAGCUUUCUAAUCGUCGCGCUAUCCAAAGGCGUCAUCAUGAGCAUCAUCGGUGUGACGUUUGCGAGCAUCUCUUCGGGGUUGGGCGAACUCACAUUCUUGAGUCUCACUGCUCACUUCAAGAGCUCUGUCCUGCGGUUCUGGUCCUCGGGCACGGGGGCGGCCGGCUUGGCUGGAUCCCUUUCGUACUUGGGCUUCACCCAGGCCGGACUCAGCCCUAGCUCCACGCUGUUCAUCAUGCUGUUCGUGCCCCCUCUCAUGGCUGCCAGCUACUGGUUGCUGCUGGUUUUCCCACCGGGAUGGAGCCAAAGAGAAUGUGGCAACACUUGCUCAUUGCGGCCCGCAGAGGAGUCACAACGGCCACUCUUGGGCACAGAUUCCGAUGAUCUGGCCCCUGACCCCAACAACGAGCACUAUGGUUUGGAAAAUGACAUUCUUUCCUUUAAGGAUAAGUGGCUUAUUGUGAAGAGUUUGCUGAGGUUCACCGUCCCCCUUGCUCUUGUGUACUUUGCGGAGUACUUCAUCAACCAGGGCUUGUUUGAGUUGCUCUAUUUCCCAAACUAUUACCUGAGUCAUGGGGAUCAGUACCGCUGGUACCAGGCGACCUACCAGUUGGGGGUAUUCGUGUCUCGCUCGUCAGCUCAGUGGAUCCGCAUCUCACGCACCUGGAUUCUCGCUCUGCUGCAGGUCAUCAACCUCAUCGCGUUUUUCUUCCUCGUCUUCUUCACGCUGCUGCCCACGUUUUGGCUGGCGCUACCCAUAAUCCUGUGGGAGGGGCUGCUCGGAGGGGCGGCCUAUGUCAACACGUUCCUCAACAUCAGUGCAGAGAGGGAUAAGCGUCGCCGUGAGUUCUCGCUGGGCGUGGCGAGCGUGGCGGACACGCUGGGCAUCGCCUUGUCGGGCGCCACUGCCAUUCCUCUCCACGACUACCUGUGUGCCCUCUGACCCCUCACUUCAUUGGCUCUAAAAGUGUAAUCUUCAGGGACCAUUACACAUCACCUUGCAAUAUACCAGCAUCAACAUUGCACAACCACAACAUCCACUAUGUCCACCACCUCUACUGGUCUCAGAACCCUCACGAUAUACGACAUGGCCACCACCGCCUCAUCAUAACAUCAUUGCGACACAGAGUAAAAACUCUGAAAGCUCAAUUAGGGGGAGAUCCUUUCUGGUGAUUGAUGUCAAGCAUCCUGUAAUUGAUGUGUAACACUUAAAUGUACUUUACGUUUAACUAUUGUAUGAUCGCAAACAACGGUUACUAAAUUUUCAUUUCUAGUUAUGCUGCAAAUAUUACUGCAGUUGAAUCUGUGUUGCUUGCCACCAUACAGAGAGACAGAUGGCUUAGUAGUGUGUAUUAUGGGCUUCACGAAAUCAGCAAUCUUCUUACAGUAAGUACUAUGCAGUCGUCAUCAGCCAUGAUCUAUCCACAGCUAGAUGAAGACCUCCCCAUACCAUCGGCAUUCCUCCCGUUCCACAGUGCUAUUACCAUGCGGUGCUCAUCCUCUUAGUCGUGGCUGCCAUUCCGUCAGCAGUCUCGUCCAUCAGCCAUCAUUCCGUCUCGCCCCGUGUCCGUUAAGUAGGAUUUGUGUUUCUUCUUCUUGGUUCUUUCGGUAAAGUCACGUAG